GGAGAGGAGGGCGGGCUGGCGGCGGCACCGCCACCCAGCUGGAGGCCGCUCGGCCGUGCUUCUGCGGCAGAAGCGGGCAGGCGGGCGCACCGUGCCCGUGUCCUCCUUCCCCUGCCGUACGGCUCGGCGGCCGUUGCCAAGAUGUCUCGGGAUCCCGGCUGCAGCCGCUGGCUCCUUUUCGCUGCGUGCGCCCACCUUUUCUUCCUUCUCCCGCCGCUCCGCACCCCGGCUUUUGCUGUAAGUGUAGUUCCUGAAGGUGCAGAAGAUGAGACUGAACUACCAGUGCUGCAGAAGUCAAAAAAAAGUGGAACAAUUAGCGAAAUAAGUGGAGAAUUAAAAGAGAUUGUAUUUAUCAUCCAGAGCCAAAGUAAUUCUUUUCAUUCCAAGAGAGCAGAAGAUCUAAAAAGAGAUAUUUUAAACCAGGCUGCAGAUCUUGGAAAGGAAUUACCUACAAUUCUACUUAUUCAUCAGCUGGACGGGCAUGAAGGUGCAUGGACAAUAUUACCAUUAAUGAGAGACUUCUCUGUUACCUAUGGUAGGAACUCCUCAUGGAUUUUCUUCUGUGAAGAAGACACAAGAGUACAAGUUGCAAAGCUGCUGGAAACACUUGGACGAUUUGAUGUGUCUAAGGAGUGGUUUUUAGGUAAACCAUUAUAUGAUGAAGAGUCUACAAUAAUCCACCAUUAUGCCUUUGCUGAAAAUCCUACAGUCUUCAAAUUUCCAGAUUUUGCUGCUGGUUGGGCACUUAGCAUUCCACUUGUUAACAAGCUUGCAAAGAAGUUGAAAAGUGAACCACUCAAGUCAGACUUUACAAUAGAUUUAAAGCAUGAGAUUGCCCUGUAUAUUUGGCAGAAAGGAGAGGGACCACAUCUUACUCCAGUGCCUGAGUUCUGCACAGAUGAUGUAAACUCGCACAAGACUGAUCACUGUGCAACAACAUUCAGUAAUUUUCUACCACUUUGUGGCGAGCCAGUGAAAAAGGAAGAUGUUUUUGUUGCUGUAAAAACGUGUCAGAAAUUCCAUGGUGACAGAAUACCAGUUGUAAAGCAGACCUGGGAAAAAGAAGCUGCCCUUAUUGAAUACUACAGUGACUAUGCAGACAUCUCCAUUCCUACUAUAGAUUUAGGCGUACCUAAUACCGACAGAGGUCACUGUGGGAAAACUUUUGCCAUUUUGGAAAGGUUUUUGAAUCAUAGCUCUCCCAGAAUUCCUUGGCUAGUCAUAGUGGAUGAUGACACACUGAUAAGUAUCUUCAGACUCCGAAAAUUACUCAGCUGCUACGACCCCAAUGAAGCAGUGUUUCUUGGAGAACGCUAUGGCUACGGCUUGGGAACAGGAGGAUACAGUUACAUCACUGGUGGAGGAGGGAUGGUUUUCAGCAGAAGAGCUGUUCAGAAGCUGCUUGCUAGUAAAUGCCGAUGUUACAGCAUGGAUGCGCCUGAUGAUAUGGUCCUUGGGAUGUGUUUCAGUGGCUUAGGAAUCCCCAUAACACACAGUCCACUUUUCCAUCAGGCAAGGCCGGUGGACUACCCAAGAGACUACCUUUCUCACCAAAUUCCAGUAUCCUUUCACAAGCAUUGGAAUAUUGAUCCAGUGAAGGUGUAUUUCACAUGGCUGGCACCAAACACCGAAGAGCCACCUAAAGCAAAGAAAGUUGGACAUAACAGAGAGGAUUUAUAAGCAAUAGACUGUAACUGCGGACGAGGGACAGUCACUACUGUGAUUUUUGUGUUGUCGUUGUGUUCCUGUUGCAUUGCUUCAGAGCAAUGGGAGAAGGCACCCAAUUGACUUUUGGAUUCUUUUCUUAAACUUGGUUUCCUUCUGAAAUGUUUUGGAGCUUUGUAUACCAAUGAAUUUGACACUUUUAAAAUGUCUCAUACAAGUUUGUCUGUGUUCUCGUUUGAACUUCGAGUCGGCAUCCAUUUACAUUUCCUUCCUUUGUUCUACCAAAAGCUGAACUCAUGUUUUUGGGAGCCUAACACUGAACUUGUGUUGAACAUCGAUUGAACAUCAUCUCUCACUGACAGCUCUCUAAACUGUUUCAGAACAGAUUCUUGAUAAAUCAGAGAGCAGCCAUGAGUUUGUUCCUCUGACCAGCAGCUAGAUUGUGUGAAGGCUUUGUACUUAUUUAAAAUAGAUAUAAAGUCUUUUAUACUCAUUUAAAAUAUAAAUACUUCAUUUCUUAAGACAGAUGGACCAAGCACGAUCUACUGUUGUAUCUUUUAUGUGAGGAACAUCGUGUUCAAAAUAGAAAAGAAAGGUUCGGGACAACGAUUUCUUAAGUGGCCACGGGAGGUCACUGUGGCUCCUUCAGAAACCUGAGUCACUGUGUCUCUCUUUGGCAAGUAUAAAUUCCACUCUUAGGGACUUUUGCAGAACUAACACUUCAGCGUUUCUGAUGUGUGCAUUU